UCUCUUUCGACCGGUAUCGCGCUUUUCCCACCUCCGUCCAUUCCAUUCCUUCCAGCCAUUUCAUCGUCCCGUCAUCGUGCUCAACGACGAGCAGAUGGCUCGUGCUCUCUCAGUAACCUUCUUGGGCACUUCCAGCGGCGGAGGUCCUUCUCCAACUCGCAACUGCUCGUCUCUCGUCGCCAGCGUCUGCAAUAACGGUAGCCUUUGGAUGGUCGACUGCGCUGAAGGAACAUUGCGUCAGUUCUACAACCAGCCAGCCACCUACGACGACGUCCAGCACCUUAAGGUUACCCGCGUCAACAAGAUCUUCAUCACCCAUAUGCAUGCUGACCAUGUCAUGGGAAUCAUCACCUUCUUGCGAAAUGUGCUCUAUCCUGUACCUCUGCCGACAGCACAGUCUCAGCAUCAUCCAAAGUCGGAUCCUACAGUUGAAAUAUAUGGUCCAGCAGGGAUACGAAAGUUUGUCCGCCUGAACAUGAAAAUGACUCUCAGUCGGUCCAGCGACAAGUAUGUCGUCCAUGAACUGGUCACCCCAGAAGACACAGUGACUCCUUGUACAACAGAGGACUUGCACACCAGUGAGGCUCCCGGUCGUGACAUAGUAGCCGAAGACGGCUUUUGGCCGGAGAUUACCAAAGGGUCUGGCUUUUAUGGCGAUAUCUGUGUUGAUGCGGGGCCUAUCGCUCAUCGAGAUCCAUGUCUUGGCUUCAUCUUUCGGGAAUCUGUCAGUCCGCACCGCAAGAUAGUCAUCCUCGGCGACACUUACGAUCCAACGUCCCUUGUUCCACUCAUAAACCAGUUUUCCUCGUCUCCAACAUCACUCCUGGUUCAUGAAUCUACUGAUGCCCAUAUUGACCCCCACAUAGACGUCAAAGCGAAGCGCUCCAAAGAAACCGUCUCGAGCACCGCUCUGGCCCGUGGUCACUCAACGCCCGACCUUGCUGGCGCAUUUGCGCGCACCAUUGAUGCUCAGAAGCUGGUCCUCAAUCAUAUCGGAAGUCGGUUCCCAGCGGCCAGUGGAGGAGGCUUCAAGGCGGACGUUAUCAGGGAGAUCGAGCGCCAGGCGAAUGUAGCUUGGGGAAAGGGUACUGCGCGCGCUGCGUGGGAUUACAUGCGUGUCGUUGUCCCUGCUCCCGAAGCCGAACAGGAGGAAGUAUAUGGAUUGAGUUCAAGAGCAACUUUGAAUCAUCACGGUGAUGUUCAACAUGCGGAUGGCAUCUAUCCUAGGAGAUCACAAAACCAUAAUCCUAGGAAACGAUAUGCCUGGUCAUAACAGCCCUGACUGCAAUUUCAUAUCCCUCAUCUGCGAUUGCGCAGCCUGGCAAUUGACACUGGGAACUCCUGGGUGCAUUUUUAAUGUUCCUAUGCCCAUCCCACACCGUAUUUCGAUGCUGGAGACAUUCAGAUGUCAUAAUGUGGACGUGGCGAGCCUCGAAUCCACUUUUGUUUGAAGAUUAUCCAUCUCUAUGGAAUCCUCGGGGUUAAUCUGCUCUCCUCGCUUUUUUCUCCUUCGCAACUACCUCAGUAGUAUUUACAGCGGACCACUGACCUGCAUUGGGAGUCUGUCCAUCGUCAGGUCUAUCGGUAUAAAGGUCCAAAAAGUACUGAAGCAUUAAAGGAGGAUAUGACCAAAAGAUGGUGUGGAAAGACUGAGCAAGGAAUUCAGGUAGAUAACUUAUCAAGCACCUCUAGCAACUAUUUCCAACUCAUCUUGACCAUAAAUCACUGCAUGAACUCUCGUCGAAAGUGCCUUG